CAGUUGGUGAGCUCAGCUGGACAGCGUGGCCACGCCGCCGGUCACCGCUGAUCGGGCCAGCUGUCCGGGUAUUUUGGACUUUUCUGGAGGCCCCGGGGACCCCUGUCACCCCUGGGGACCGCCUGAGGGGCCUCAGGGUCCAAAAAGUGCUGCUAGAGGCGUUUUCUAAGGAAAAGCUGGUCUUUAAUGGCCUUGGAGUUGGGUUUAAAUGCCCGGAUUGACCGGAGGCUAUUUGUGACGUCAGCAUCUGGAGAGGCGGGACCAGUCCGGGGCGCGCCAAAAGACGGCUCGGCGGCGCGGGAAGCGACGACGGCGACGCCUGGUGGAAGACGUCUGAUUUUGAGCACAUCUGAUGCGUGGUGAGCUGCACGUGCCAAUCAUGUCUGCCGAGGAGGCACCGGACCCGCAGCUCGACCUGCUGACAGCUCUUACGGAGAAUGUGGACGCGCUCCGCCAGAGCCUGGCGCGACCUGGCGUCGACCUGAACCAUGUGUACAAACCGCCAUACAGUGGCACGGCGCUACACUACGCCGUGCGUCACGGUCAGGCGGCUGCCGUAGCUGCGCUGCUCGCCGCUGGGGCUCGCACUGAUGUUCGCGAUCGAGCGCGUCUAGUGCCGCUUCACCUCGCCGUGAAGGGUGGACACGAUGCCAUCGUGCGCGCGCUGCUGGAGCACGGCGCGGACGUGAACUCGCAGGAUGAGGAGGAGCGAGGCGUGCUGCACCUUCUGGCGCUGCAGUGGGGCGACUCGCCGGCCCAGUGUGAGCGCGUGCUGGAGACGCUGCUGGCCGCGCCGGGACUGGACGUGGACGGACGCGACUGCAGCGGAUGCUCUCCGCUGCUUCUGGCAGCGCGCCGUGGAGCUGCCGAGCUGUGCCGCCGACUGGUGGAGCGUGGCGCCGACCUCGACUGCCGCGUGGGACCGCACUGCGCGCGCGACCUGCUCCAGAAGAAGUUUCCCUGGCUGCUGGAGGUGACGCCCACACCGGUAGAGGUGGUGGAGCGGGAGCCCGGUCGACGGCUUUACGAGGCUCUGCGAGCCGGUGAUAAGGCCGAGUUCUCCGCCGCGCUGGCCCGUGUUCGCGCGCUGGACGAUGAUGCGCGUGCAGAGGCGUUGGAACGCGCUCACGGCAACUUCACGUGUCUGCAGUUCGCGGCUGAUAACGGCCUGGAGGAGGAGAUUGGCGAAUUGCUGGAGGCGGGCGCGGACGUCGGUUCCUCCAGCUCCGGCUCCGGAUCGCCAGUUGAAGUGGUCACCGGAGACCGGCGUCCCAGCGCGUUCUACUACGCCUGCUACCACGGCUACCACCAGGUGCUGGAGAAGCUGCUGGAGGCGGCGCGCUCCAGCGGCCGCGAGGUGGACCUACUGCAACCGGACGCCACUGGCGCUACGCUGCUUCACCAGCUCACCCGGCGCGCUCCACAGCAGCGCGCGGCCGACCCACGCGUGGACCCAGCCCGCUGUCUGAGAAUGCUGCUCGGCUGUGGUCUACCGGUGGGCGUCAACACCCAGGACAGGCGCGGCAACACGCCCCUCCACUUCGCUGCGCUGCACGAGGACCAGAGUCUGGUGGCGCCGUUGCUGAUAAACGGCGCCAACAUCGGUAUCGCCAACCAGUUCGGCACCAUGCCCGUGGAGCGCAUCCAGCCGGCGGCCAUGGAAGCGGCGCUCGACCUGUCGGUGCGUGGCAGCGACGUGGCUCCUGCAGACCACGACUUCUGCAUCAGUUUCCACUACGACUGCCUGGUGCCGCCGGGCACGGGCGACUCGCUGCCGGCCGCCUCCGAGACCGCGCCGCUGUUCUUCGUGGGCCAGUCGCGGCGCCACCAGCGACUGCUGCAUCAUCCGGUCCUCUCCAGCUUCCUCACCGUCAAGUGGCUGAAGAUACAGCCACUCUAUCUGUUGGCUGUGGCGCUGUACGCAGUGUUCGUGGCCAUUCUCACGGCGUAUGUGUACCUCGAGUUUGACGUGCAGCCGGAGACUGGAGAGCUGCGCCCGUCUCCGCUCGUCUCCGCCGCUGGCCUAAUCGCCAUGGAGGUCGUUCUCUGUCUCGUACUUGUGCUGCUUGUGGUGCGCGAGUUGUGGCAACUGGCACUCUCUUGGCGCGCGUACGUGUCACACCGGGAGAACAUCCUGCAGGUGGGACUGAUUGUGCUACUGGCGGUGAUGUUGGUAGGUUCGAUGUCGCGGCUGACGCGACUCCACAUUGCCGUCUGGGUCAUCAUCCUCGCCUGGCUCGAGUUCGUCCUGCUGCUGGGACGCCACCCCAAGCUCUCGACCUACAUCAUGAUGUUCAAGACCGUUUCGGAGAACUUCAUCAAGUUCAUCUUCCUCUAUUCAUUCCUCAUCAUCGCCUUCUCGAUCGCGUUCAACCUGCUAUUCCGCACGGACGAGCACUUCAACACGUACUGGCGUGCGCUGCUGAAGACGGUCGUCAUGUCCACGGGUGAGAUGGAGUACACGUCGCUCGAGUUCACCCGGUCCGCCUACUCAGGCCACAUCGCCUUCUUUGGCUUCCUCUUCCUGAUCGCGCUGGUGUUGAUGAACCUGUUGAACGGUCUCGCAGUCUCGGACACUGCUGCCAUCCAGGCAGACGCCGAGCUGUACAGCCUGAUCGCUAGGGUCAGCCUCAUCCACUACACCGAAGCGGCUGUGAUCGGCUCUGCUGCGGCCACCGGUGGCGGCUGCUGCGGCGGCAAGGCAGCCUCCGCCUGCCUGGAGAGGGCGCGUCACUGGCUGGCACACCGCGUCCUACUCUUCCCGCGCUGCGCCAAGGGCCGCCGGAUGACCGUGCGUCCCAACGCCGACCGGUCGCGGCUCUCCUGCUGCCAGAGCCACACCUUCGGCAUCGACAAGAAGGUGGUGGAGGCUGCGCACGCGCUGCUGGCGCGCGGAGAGCACGUGCUCGAUGACCGGAUGGCCGCUAUGGAGCGUAAGCUGGACGUCCUGAUGAAGCUGGUGCAGGACCUCAAGGGCCCCGAGAAGGCCUAAAGAGGUGAAACUUGAGUGCCACGAGGCGAAGCGGGAUGUGGAUAGCGAACAGAUUUCCAACUGAAUGCUAGCAGGGCAGAGGUGUUGGGCUCCAUUUAGUUGCUCUGUACUCACAGCUUGGGCAGUCGGCUUCCCUAGAUGCGGAAUGCCUAGGAGAAAGCUUUGGCGACGUCGCUUCAGUUGGGGUGCAACUAAAACAAGGCUGUUGUGCAACUAGAAUCCCUGCUGCUCUCCACGGUUUGUGAUGCAAAGUGCCAGACGGUGAUAAAAUCAAUGAACCGAAGUGACGUCCCAAUUGCUUUAUUGGGCUCCAAUUGAUCGUGAUUGGACGGUGGUUGGGGCUUGGGUUGUGACGGAAAAUUGCGUUGUGCAGUUGUGUUGGAGUGCAAGGGGUUUGUUCAGGCUCACCUAACCCGUGGAGGGACUGUGGAGAGGCUAGAGUCGGAGUCCUCCAAUGUAACCGCACUAGACUGAUGAUAUCCACGCAUAGCUGUGCCUCGUUGUCUAGUACCCAUUGUUGCCUUAUUUCGGUCAUAAGGAGGCUUGGAAAUGAGGUUGCUAAAUUAUUGUGUCGGAAAGCUAAGCAGUCGCCGGUGGACAUGCAAUUACGACAUCGCAUUGCAGGAAACGAAUGUGCCUUCCGUACCUAUUUGUUUUGUAGUAGGUAAGUAGUUACCUUGUAUUGUCUGUUGAUGCACUCUACGAUAGUGUUAGAUUUAUUCGCAAUCUCUUGUAGUGCUUUUUGGAGGACCGUUAUUCGCGAUCUCGCUUUCUGAGGCUCCAGGCGUUGCCUUGCUAUCUUUUAGUGUUGAAUCGGGCCCUAUUGACGAUCUUUUUGUAUGUAGAUUGCAGCUCGGUACCGCUUUUACCUACUGACAUUGAGCGGGUGAUUUAUCACUCUCGACAUUCCUUUGAGCGUUCCGUCGUCUGCGAUCUGUUUCUGUCGAUGGACACUUCGUUCAUCGCAAAGAUUGAGAACGGUGCAACAUGACGUUGGAAUACAAGCAGUAUUUUAAUA